GAUCCUUGAAGCACCCUUGCAUUUCGCACGCAUUCCAGACAAAGCAGCGAUCUCGCACGCCGGGAGGGUACUUUCCUGGAGUAUAAAUGGCGUUUAUGUCUGGAUUCACGCCCUAUUUUAUUGCCGUCUUUUGUGUUUUAAUAGUUUGUUUUUGGAUACAGUUACAAAGAGAGAAGAAAACAAAGGAAUUGAAAGGAGAAUCGGACUCCACCAGCAAAGCGAAGCCAUGGGUCGAUCAGGAUUUGCAGGAUGACACCGAAAUACCAUCACCCAAUCAGGGAGAUGAUGAAGAGGACGAUCCCGGGUCAGAGCUGGACCUUCCUCAUGUGCCCUAUGCACCGCCCCGGUACGCGGUGGACUCCAUGCUGGAGAGAUCCCGGGACUUUUACACUCUCCUGAACCAGAGGAGGUCUGUCCGCUUCAUCAGCCCGGAGCCGGUUCCUCGCGAGGUCAUCGAUAACGUGAUCCGGACCGCAGGCACCGCUCCGAGUGGGGCGCACACUGAGCCCUGGACCUUCGUCGUGGUGUCCGACCCCGACACCAAGCACGCCAUCAGGACCAUAGUGGAGGAGGAGGAGGAGGUGAACUACCGUCAGAGGAUGGGGAACAAGUGGGUCAAAGAUCUGGCCAAGAUCAGAACUACCUGGGUGAAGGAAUACUUGGAUGUGGCGCCAUAUUUAUUGCUGAUAUUCAAACAGACGUAUGGCAUUGGAACUGGGGGCAAAAGGAAGACGCACUACUACAAUGAAAUCAGUGUCUCUAUCUCUUGUGGAAUGUUAUUGGCAGCACUACAGAACGUGGGUCUCGUGACGGUGACGUCCACACCACUCAACUGUGGACCGCGGCUGAGAGUUAUCCUUCAGCGCCCGACCAAUGAGAAGCUGUUGAUGCUGCUGCCCAUCGGAUACCCCUCCGACGAGGCCACCGUGCCGGAUCUGAAGCGCAAGCCCUUGGAUGACAUCAUGGUUCACAUUUGAUGCAUUGUCGUCAACUCGGGCUUUGACUCCGAAACUUCGUCAUUCAAAUAUAAUUUGAAUAUCAAAAAAUAAAUCAAAAUUCGAAAACGAAUAUUAGGCAGCCCUUAAUGUUCGAACCUGUUAUGGGCAGGCCAAGAGGGAGAGACGUCGGAGAACCCGACGCAGUCUAUUCAUAAUAUUGUAAUGACCAUGGAAGAGGCAGUGAAUGAAGUAUUGAUUAGACAGCGAUUUAUUAUAAAACUAAUAAGCCGUUUGAACAUGCAAGACCGGUAACCAUAGCAAGGCGGUAAACAAACCUUGCGAAGCCCCAUCCAGGUCUUACUGAAGGCAUUUAAUGGUCAAAAUAUUAUUAAUAAAUAUUCGAAUGUAUUCGAAUAUUAUUAAACAAACAAACUUCGAAUAUGAUUUUUGGCCAAAAGUCAAAGCCCUAUUGUCAAUACAUCUCUUUAUCUACUCCACUUAAUGAUAAGAGACGUGCUGAGCAUAAUGUGCUAAAUAGCAUCAGCAUUAUCAUUUUGCUGCAUGAUAUAGGAGUCAAAGUAUAAAGUAAGAACAACUGAUAGGUGCUUCUUAGGUGUGCCUCUCUUCGUGCUUCUUGUUCUUUGUUGGUCCAACAUUUAUGUAUGGCGUAAGAUUUAAUAAGAUACGUUAAGAUUAUAUGAGAUGCAUUUUACUCAUCCAAGGUGGGACAUUUAUAGUAUUGACUUGAUGGUUGCAUUUUAUACUGGAGAAAAUAUGUGACAUUGUUCACAUAUUUUUUUAUGUAGAAGUCGCAAUAGAAGCUCGAUAGUUCAGAUUAAAUCAAUUCAAAAUUGAUUAGAGAAAUCUUUCUAUUAUGUCUCCAGUUAUUAUUUUUAUAUUUCAUGCAUUUCUUUGCAAAAGUCUGCCAAGGUACAACCUCAAAUUUGUUCAAUAUUAUUUGUUCUUUUAAUAAAACGGUCAAAUACUA